UAUGUAUGUGUGUACCAGAGCUGGACCUCCCACAACUCCAUUGCCAUUACUAAAGUGUCUACCAUCUUCUGUAUAAACAGCUAACAUCUCCCUGGAACUAGUAUAAGACAAGACAGUCCCCUCCCCACACAGAUGGCCACGCCCCCAUUCCCCACAGAGGUACUGCCCACCUCCCCCAGUCUACCCAGCGACCUAUUCCUCACUCCAGAGCUCAUCAAUCGAACGUGCCGCGAUUCCUGUGACCGAAUACAACUAGUGGCCGACCUCCUACUACUUCAGUCCAAGUCCAACACCUACCAGCCAGUAGCCGGGCAGAAACCAGCUGCACUCGAGCCGAUAUCCCAGGGCAACGAAUCGUACAGCAAGUCAAGAGAUGCUAUUGUUGCCAACACCAAAGGGCUUGCAAUAUCUAUUAAAGAUCUGACACAGAACUUACACAAACACAGCCUGGGGGGAAUCUAUCGCACGGUGGAGUCAAUGACAGAGCAGGCUAUCGUACUAACCGAGGCGGCCACUCAUGCAGCGUACUUCACAGCACUGGCAGAUCGUCGAUGCCAACCAGCACGGCCGAGCGUCGUGGACCGAUACUCAUUCGAGCGUGCAAAACAAGCCAUUCACAUGUCCUACGAUAUGUUCAAGCCUGACUACAUCAACUCUAUGACUCGAAGUCAAGUGCUACAGAUCUCCAAGACGUUUGCAAACAACAUUGCUGUUCUAACACAUGGAUGCAAGAAUGCAAGUGAAAACCAAUCCUUGAAGGAAACAGAUCGCAGUCAGUUUGCUAAUCUAGUUGUUUGUCUACAAGGAACCACUUCAUCUUUCCUGUCCAGCCUCAAACUGUUUGCAGCACAUCAUUCGGAGGAUAACAGAAAAAGAUGUUUGAUUUUCGGCAAACCUCUACUUGCGGCUGUUGACAGCACUGUAGAGUUCUCGUAUUUCCGCCAGUUUGCCGGGAGAGCGGCGGUUUUGACGGAGAGGGGGUAUGAGUCACAGACAGAGAUACUCGGUGCUGCCAUGGCGAUUGUCGGAUCGAGUAUUCAACUCCUUGAGACAACUGGGGACAUUUUGAAUGAAGCUGACUCAGAAAAUUGGCAAAAGAUGGUCAACUGCUGCAAAGCCGUGGCCGAUGCUACGAAACUACUAUCAGGGUCGAUGCGAAUGCACACACCGUUGCCAUCACGACGACCCUCUGUAAACUAGUAUAAUUUUAGUUUUAAACUGUACGUAAUUAUAUACCACACCCUUUUCAAUUAUUUUAUUUCAAGUGUUGUUUAUUAUGUACAAAACGUGUUUGCUGUAUAUAUAAUAUAUAUUAUAAUAUUAUUUGAUGACGAAAGUA